AUGACCAGCGAGCUGAGCCCGAAUGAGCUGGGGAGGGAUGCGAUGACCAGCGAGAUGAUCCCGAAUGAGCUGGGGAGGGAUGCGAUGACCAGCGAGCUGAGCCCGAAUGAGCUGGGGAGGGAUGCGAUGACCAGCGAGCUGAGCCCGAAUGAGCUGGGGAGGGAUACUAUGACCAGCGAGAUGAUCCCGAAUGAGCUGGGGAGGGAUGCGAUGACCAGCGAGCUGAGCCCGAAUGAGCUGAGGAGGGAUGCGAUGACCAGCGAGCUGAGCCCGAAUGAGCUGGGGAGGGGUGCGAUGACCAGCGAGCUGAGCCCGAAUGUGCUGGGGAGGGAUGCGAUGACCAGCGAGAUGAUCCCGAAUGAGCUGGGGAGGGAUGCGAUGACCAGCGAGCUGAGCCCGAAUGAGCUGGGGAGGGACGCGAUGACCAGCGAGCUGAGCCCGAAUGAGCUGGGGAGGGAUGCGAUGACCAGCGAGAUGAUCCCGAAUGACCUGGAGAGGGGCGCGAUGACCAGCGAGAUGAUCCCGAAUGACCUGGGGAGGGAUGCGAUGACCAGCGAGCUGAGCCCGAAUGAGCUGGGGAGGGAUGCGAUGACCAGCGAGAUGAUCCCGAAUGACCUGGGGAGGGACGCGAUGACCAGCGAGAUGAUCCCGAAUGACCUGGGGAGGGACGCGAUGACCAGCGAGCUGAGCCCGAAUGAGCUGGGGAGGAAUGCGAUGACCAGCGAGAUGAUCCCGAAUGAGCUGGGGAGGGAUGCGAUGACCAGCGAGAUGAUCCCGAAUGACCUGGGGAGGGACGCGAUGACCAGCGAGAUGAUCCCGAAUGACCUGGGGAGGGAUGCGAUGACCAGCGAGCUGAGCUGGGGAGGGAUGUGA